GCUAAUUAAUUUUUUUCUAAUUAAAUUUCACAACCUUUUCAAAAAAAAAAAAAAACUCCUGAUUAAACUCUCUCCCCUCCAGAUCUUUAUUAAUUGCAAGCUAUAUAUAUGCGUGCAUAAGUUGUAUGGUUUUCAUUAUAAACACACACAUACACAAAGUGAGCUUGCUAGUUAAGAUCAGUUGUAAUGGCUGUGGAGUGCUAUACCAAAGUGUUUCCAAACUUUGCCACCAAUUCAUACUUGAAAGAAGGAGCAGAGGUGGCUCCUUACAAGAAAAGCAUUAGUACUGAAAAGGAGGACACUUCCCUUGAGGAAUAUACGGAGAAGUUGAUAAAAAAUUUAUUUAAGUGUGGUGCAAACCACACAGUAUGCAAGUUCCGCAAUGAGACGAACGGUAUACUAAAAUUUAUUAAAAGUCGCGUUUUGGAUGUUCCCCCUGUGCUUCCCCCUGCCAGAGACAUCGCCUGUGCGGAGACACUUGUGUUUGUGCACAUAAGUACCAAAGCAACUGUUAUUGUGUAUCGUGGAAGGAAUAAGCGAGGACAUCUAUGUGAUUGGAUGCUGUCAUGGUGUAUCCAAUCAAGCAUAAAGGUAUAUACUGAGAUUAAUGAAGCUGGCUACUAUGACAGUGAAUCCAUAUGGGCUAUAAUUUUUGUGAAACUACGUCAAUCUGGCUGCUCUAGCACUGCCACAUGGAAUGGAUGUUUUUCGACUCUGACGAUUGAGGAUAAGCAUGGAGUUGCUGAGCUUUAUGCACACAUAGCUCUCACCUAACAAUGCACAUGCGUGUCAAAUUAUGGAAAAUAAAAUAUAAUAAAAGGCACUUACAUAUAUAUAUAUAUAUAUAUAUGUACAUAUAUGAUAAUGGCAAAAUGUAUGCGAUGUGAUAAAGUAAUGUCAAUGUAUGGUGGCACCAGUGAAUGUCAAAUCAUCACGAUCUAUAUAAUAAAUAAGAUGGCCACAUGUUUAGCUUA